AUGCCGACACUCUUAUUUCUACAUGGCUGGCCUGAAACCUCUUAUUCGUGGGUCCAUCAGAUUGAAUAUUUCACGCGCCAAGGCUAUGGUGUUGUUGCUCCCGACAUGUUAGGCACGGGUGGAACCGACAACCCCGAAGAUCUGGAGUCGUUCACGUUCAAACGCACGGCUGAGGAAAUGAAUGAUCUACUUGAAUUCGAAGCAAUCGAUAAAGUGGUGGGCGUGGGACACGACAUUGGCUGUGCUUUGCUCUCUCGUCUUCAGCACUAUUACCCUGAUCGUAUCAGCGCUCUCGCUUACUUGACACUCGGCUAUGUGGCCCCUGGGGUGGACAUGAACCGCGCGUUUGUAGACGCAACCAACGAGGCUACAGUUCGUGCGUACGGGUACCCUCUUCUAGGGUUCUGGUACUUCAAUGAGCGUGAAGACGCAGCUAUAACUAUGGACCAACAUCUUGAUGCCCUUUACGACAUUGCAUACGGCGCUGACAGUACAUGGGUACACCACAUCACCGUCGUGGGCGCGUUGGAGCGCUGGCUACUCGACGACGGUCGUAUUCCUUUGGAGACCGAGUACCUUACUGAUGUCACGCGUGCACAGUGGCGAACGAUUGUGCAAGCGCAGGGAGGUAUGGAUGGUGCGAACAAAUGGUACCGUGCUAUGAUGCGGGGAUACAAUACUGUCGAUGAAGAAGUACUCAAAACCUCAGUCAGUGCCGUCGUCACCAAACCCGCACUUAUUGUUGUUGGUGACAACGAUCCAAUUGCUAUCCCAAGCCUCCAGUUCGGAUCUACUACGCCAUUUCUUCCUUUCCUUACUGUUAAAACUGUUCCAGCAAUGCAUUUUAUGCAGACCGAAGUUCCGGAUGAUGUGAAUAGACACUUGCAUGAGUUUUUGAAGAUAUGCACCUUAAGCGAGGACUGUAAAUCUAAGCCAUGA